CUGGCAUUUCUCACAGCAACAAUAGUGCAGCUGCUCUUGAACGCACCCGUGUGCUCUCUUCUUUCUCUGUGUUGUUGUUGUGAAUGAAGUGAGCAUGGACCCCUGCGCUUCAAACCGUAUUUCAAGAAUAGAUUAAUUUAGCUCUACCCAUGAUGAACUUUGACGGUCUCGACGCUGGGAUGGGUGAGUACCCCGCCAGCCUUCACGGGACUCUGGAGGCAGGUAUGGAGCCCUCCAUGGACCCCCACCUGAACCCCAGCUUGCUGCAGGGCGUGGAGCUCGAUCCAGAGGCGCUGGCCGUGACAGUCCCUGAGCCAGUGCACCUUAUGGAGGGGAUGUUCUCUGAGCUGCACAGUGUAGUUUCAGAAGUUGGCAUCCCAGUCACUGCAACACAUUUUGAUCUCCAGGAGGAAAUGCUCUGGAUGGGAAACCACAGAGGCCAUGUAACCUCAUUCUUUGGACCUACAAUGGGCCGAUAUUCUUCUUUCCAAGUGCAUGCAACAGAUGACAUCCGACACAUUCAGAGUUUGGAAACAGGCGUGCUGUUCCUCUCUAAGGGCAACCUCAGAUGCUACACUCGUGGGGGCCUUGUCAUGUUUGAUUAUCCGAUGGAGGAAGGAGCUGAUAUGCAUAGUCUUCUCAUGACUGACAACAAUAUGUUGCUCAUGGGCGGAUUACAAAACUAUGUGGUUGAAGUUGACUUGAAUACUGUUCAAGAAACUCAAAAGUUCACUGUUGAGGUACCAGGAGUGGCAAUAAUGCGUCAAACCAACCGUUUUUUCUUCUGUGGGCACACUUCUGGGAAGAUAACGCUUCGGGACUUGCGUACUUUCAAGAUGGAGCACGAGUUUGAUGCGUUCUCUGGCAGCCUCUCAGACUUUGACGUUCAUGGAAAUCUUCUGGCUGCGUGUGGGUUCUCCACCCGAGGACUGAAUGGAUUGGCAUGUGACCGUUUUCUCAUGGUGUACGACCUCCGCAUGAUGCGAGCAGUAACUCCACUUCAGGUGCAUGUGGACCCCCUCUUCUUGCGCUUCAUUCCUACGUACACGUCACGCCUGGCAAUCAUCUCACAGACAGGUCAGUGCCAGUUCUGCGAACCCACUGGCCUCGCCAAUGUGGCGGACAUUUUUCACGUCAACACCGUGGGCCAGUUGCUCAUGAGCUUUGACGUCUCAUCCAGCAAACAGGCCUUGGCCUUCGGGGACUCCGGGGGCUGCGUGCACCUGUGGUCUGAUGCUCCAGAGGUUUCAUUUAAUGACUACUCUCGAGAGACAGAGUUUGCUCUUCCGUGCCUUGUGGACACGCUGCCUCAGCUGGACUGGAACCACGACCUGCUGCCCCUCUCGCUCAUCCCCAUGCCGCUGACCAGCACUGAGCCGCUGCUGUCAGACUGGCCCACUGCCCUGGCUACACCCAGCCCCAGACGAGCUCCUCCUGUGGACCCAGAAAUCCUGCGCACAAUGAAAACUGUCGGGUUCAUUGGAUAUGCCGCAAAUCCUCGUACCCGCCCUCGAAACCAGGUUCCUUAUAAAAUUAAAGAUGUGGAGCUUGAUUAUGACAAUUACAACCAGGUCCCUGAAUCGCCAAUUGGACGUGAUGAAGAGCCUCAUCUCUACAUGGUGCCCAAAAAGUACAGGAAGGUCACAAUUAAAUAUUCUAAACUUGGACUUGAGGACUUUGACUUCAAACAUUACAACAGAACCUUGUUCGCUGGUCUGGAGCCUCACAUCCCCAAUGCCUACUGUAACUGCAUGAUCCAGGUAUUAUAUUUCCUGGAGCCAAUCCGGUGUUUAGUGCAGAAUCAUUUGUGCCAGAAGGAGUUUUGUUUGGCCUGUGAGCUCGGCUUCCUCUUCCACAUGUUGGACUUGUCACGAGGAGAUCCAUGUCAGGCCAGUAACUUCCUCCGAGCGUUUCGCACCAUCCCUGAAGCUUCAGCGCUGGGCCUGAUCCUCGCAGACUCGGACGAACAAACAGGGAAGGCCAGACUCGGUCGCUUAAUCCAGAGCUGGAACCGGUUCAUCCUCACUCAGCUCCACCAGGAGACACAGGAACAGGAGGGUCCACAGGCCUACAGGGGAGCCAGCAGCAGUUCUCUGGGCUCGUCUGGUGAGUCUGUCAUCGGAAAAUUGUUUGGGUGUGAAGUUGAGAACAGCAGCCUGUGUCGCUGUGGCAAGGAGACCGUGCGUUCCUCCCUCACGUUGCUCUUCACCAUGCAUUACCCUGAACAGAACUCCCAAGAAAAGACAAUAAAGGAGUAUGACUUUGCUGAGAUCCUGAAGAAGAGCAUCUGCCUGGAGCAGAGCACUCAGGCGUGGUGUGAAAACUGUGAGAAGUACCAGCCCACAGUGCAAACACGCAACAUCCGCUGUUUGCCAGAUGUUCUGGUUAUAAACUGUGAGGUGAACAGUGCUAAAGAGGCUGAGUUCUGGAAGGUUCAGGCAGAGUAUGCCUUCAAUAAGGCCAUGCAAAAAGAGGCAAUGGAACCUGCAAAACCUAAAGAACCCCCACCAAUGCCCACGGAGUGGUGCCUGGACGGGGAGGAGAUAUGCAGUAUGGAGGGCUUCACGUUUGACACUCGGGCUGAGGACUUGCGACACGUCUGGAUCCCUGCCACUCUCAAAAUGUCCAUCAGCAAAAGUCAGGGACUGGAGAUUAGCAGCUGGCCUGAAGGAGAGGAGUUGAGUGAUGCUGAAGAGGCGGAGGGCGCUUCUCUCUACGACUUGGUGGUCACGGUGCCCCACAUCCUGGACGCUCGCACUGGUGGAAACUUGGUUGCACAUAUUAAAGUGGGAGAGACCUACCAUCAAAGGAAAGAGGGAGUCACACAUCAGCAGUGGUACCUUUUCAAUGAUUUCCUAAUUGAGCCAAUCGACAAGACUGAAGCUGCACAGUUUGAUGUGAGCUGGAAAGUGCCAGCUAUUCUAUAUUACGCCAAGAGGAACUACCAUACCAAAUACGACCUCCGCAUCAAAAAUCCCAUAGACGCCAGCGUGCUGCUGACGGAAGCUUCGCUGGCUCGGAAGCAGAGGAAGAGUCACGCCACUUUCAUCCCCCUCAUGGUCAGUGAGAUGCCGCAGGCUGGCGACUUGGUGGGGCUGGACGCAGAGUUUGUCACCCUCAAUCAGGAAGAGGCAGAGCUGCGCAGUGACGGCACCAAGUCGACCAUCAAGCCCAGUCAGAUGUCCGUAGCCAGGAUCACCUGUGUGAGGGGCCAGGGGCCCAACGAGGGCGUGCCCUUCAUCGAUGACUACAUCUCUACUCAGGAACAGGUGGUCGACUAUCUGACACAAUAUUCUGGCAUCAAACCAGGAGACCUGGAUGCAAAGAUUUCUUCAAAGCAUUUGACCACUCUGAAGUCCACCUACCUAAAGCUGCGCUUCCUUAUUGACACAGGAGUUCGCUUUGUCGGUCACGGCUUACAGAAGGACUUUCGGGUUAUUAAUUUAUUGGUUCUCAAAGACCAAGUCAUCGACACUGUCUACCUGUUCCAUUUGCCCCGCAAGAGGAUGAUUUCUCUGAGAUUUCUCGCCUGGUACUUUUUAGACCUCAACAUCCAGGGGGAAACCCACGACAGCAUAGAGGAUGCACGCACCGCUUUGCAGCUGUACAGGAAGUACCUGGAGCUGAGUCGUGGAGGUGGGAACGACGAAGUGAGGAAGGUCCUGAAGGGACUCUAUGAAAAAGGUCGCCAGCUGGACUGGAAAGUCCCGGACUCGGACACUGGAGAUGGUCAAGGUAGCCCAAAAAGUGCUGCUGCGUUUCCCUCUGUGAUGGGGCUGUGAGCCGCACCACGAUGCAUUCCCCCCUGGAAAGGUUUUGACUGAUCUGGAUUAGUUUGGUCGUAUUUUGUACUCAUUUGAAUUUAUUUUUGCAUUGUGUACAGUGUCGACGGAGUUACCUGUGUAACCCACUGCCGCUCGGUGACUGUGCAGUUUUAAUCAUGUCAGAAUUUGUACUUUUCAUGGAGGUUUUCAGAAAAAGUGAAUGAAUUUAUAUUUUAUGAUUUUUCAAAAAAAGAACAAAAAAAAAGGUUUGUGUUUUUUGGUGCAUGUAAAUAAAUAAAUGUAUCAUGAGCACUAUAAGAUACUUCAUGUUAAUUCCAGGAAGUGGAAAAUAUUUUUUUACAUGAAUAAGUGAGACUUUUUAUCAAAACGGACUGAACUCUUUGGUCUUUUAGAAAAGUCUAUUCAGAUUUAUCAGUGACAACCUAGGCCUCUGUGAAAUUUUUAGCGUUCUACAUCCUCGGGUUUCACAUUUUGCUGUUUUUCCUGACAAGUCUUAGUGCUGUUGCUGGAUUUGAGUACAGUCAGUUAUUUUUAAACAGUCUUUUUACUCAUAAGAAAUAAUACCAAGUUAAGGACAAAUGGAUUAAGCUCCAACUGUCAAAAUAGAUACUCACUUACUAAAAUGCAUACAUUACAUACAAAACAAAAAUGAAUAAAUACAUUUAACGAAUAAUAAUUAUUAAUUGUGAAAUUGUAAAAACAUUUGGUUCAACCUAACCAUUUUUAUGUUGCUCAUGAUGUUUUUCUAAAAGACAAAAGGAUCCAGGUUCUUGGCAAACAUGAUUUUCAUAAAUUUGUAUCCAGUGAAUCCAGAAAAAUCUAGAUCUCCCGUGAAUGAUUGUAACUGUACAUCCAGCCUCGAAUUCCCCUCCUGAUUCUGUUUGACCUGCUGUGCUUUGUGUUUGCAGCCGUUCUCAUGAAGAAACUUCCUCUUUGGCACUUUUGCAUCUUUGAUGAAUUUUUGCAUCAGAAAUGUCACAGAGAAGAUGAACCACAGUUUAACCUCUUCUACCUUUUCUCUUUCUGUUUUGUUUGUUUCUUUUGUUGGCUGUGACCUGACGUUGCUGUUAGUGGCUUGUUGUAGGACUAGUGGAGCAGGAGGAAUGUUGCUGGUGACUGGACCACUGAACGAGUCGUUUUGUUCAGGUGACAUUGCUCGUGUAGACAGUUGUAGCCUGAGCAGAGUGAGUGCAGACAUGAGGUCUGAUCACUCUGCAGAUGACCAACUCUUUGCUUGGCAUCAGUCUACAUAUGCGUGAAUCUCUAAAGAGGGAUUAUUGAUGGUUUAAAGACAUUUUUUAAGUUUCCAGUUGUUGCCUCAAUGGAACUUCCCGCAGUUGGACUGUUCCUGUUAGGAAAAUGCUUAAUGGGUCUUUUCCCUCUGACAGUGAGGACAGGACAUUUCUUAAACCAAAAAUGAUAAUUUAGAUUAAACCCAGUGGCUGUUUUUACAAUUGCACAGUUUAAUGUAAUUCAGAACUGCUCUGCUUUAACGUCUAUUUUUAAGAUCCCUGUGACGUUCAGGUUAUAGUUAGUGGCGGUGUUACACUGGACUGCAUUAUAUUCAGAGGUGUUUCUAAUAUUCUGACCCCCUCGCGUGUAAGUUGGAAGAACAAAAAAUUGUACUCACCUUUCAGCGCAAUGUCGUCCAGUACAACACCAACUUUAACAGCGACGCCAGCUGAAUUUACAGAUUUCUGACGGCGUGAAGAAAAACUGAACUGACCUUAAUAAAGACAGAUAUUAUUUCAGGGACGUUGCAACAGACUGUACAGUUGUAUCUGUUGAAGUGGCCACUGAGCGUCGGGUGGAAGUGAGUGGCCAUUGUUGAGGUUCCAAAGAAAAAAAAAAGGUCAGUGACCUUUUGACUGCUGUUUGACAGUGGUGGAAAAUACAUUUACUUAAGUAUUGUACAAUAGUACAGUUUUUAGGUACUUAUCCUUGGAGUAUUUCCAUUUUCUGUUAUUUUAU